AGCCCCUUCCUGGGGUCUUGCCCCUCGCGCGCCCAGCUCAGACGACGGUGCUUCUACUCGGGUAACUGCGGGCCCGCGGGUCGCGUGGCUGCCACUGGGCAUGCCCAGGCGCGGGUCACGUGACGCCUGUCAUGGCCGCCUCCAUGGCCCGGGGAGGCGUGAGUGCCGGGUUUCUCCUGCGGGCGGCCAGGGGAGCCUGGUGGAGUCGGCCUGGGGGCUUUUGGGGGUCUGGGGAGGCGGCGGCGCCAGCGACAGCUAGAAGAUUCCGAGCGACAGGCUCGCGGCCGGCGGGGGAGGAAGAAGCUGGCGGCCCCGAGCGGCCUGGGGACGUGGUGAACGUGGUGUUCGUAGACCGGUCAGGCCAGCGGAUUCCGGUGAGCGGCAGAGUGGGGGACAAUGUUCUCCACCUGGCCCAGCGCCAUGGAAUAGACCUGGAAGGGGCCUGUGAAGCUUCCCUGGCGUGCUCUACCUGCCACGUGUACGUGAGCGAGGACCACCUGGACCUUCUGACUCCUCCCGAGGAGAGGGAGGACGACAUGCUGGACAUGGCGCCCCUUCUUCAGGAGAACUCCCGGCUGGGCUGCCAAAUCGUGCUGACGCCCGAGCUGGAAGGGGCCGAAUUCACCCUGCCCAAGAUCACAAGGAACUUCUACGUGGACGGCCACGUCCCCAAGCCCCACUGACACGGGCAGCCGGGCCACCCCGACGCCCGCGGCCCCAGGGCCAGGACUGGAGGAAUAGCCACGGGGCCAGCGCAGCCCAGGGUGUGGACAGGCCCCAGAGAUGCUGGAAGCAACCAGAAGACCAAGCCCCUGCCUCAGAGAGACCCCGUGCCCCGGCUCCGGUUGGGUGGGGGGACCCAGCCGUGCUGGGGCAGCCUCCCCCACACUCCUGAGAAUCAGCAUGUAGAGAAGGGUGGAAUCUGACCGGAAUGACAAUAAAACUCUCGCACACCUCCA